CUGUCAGCCAAUUCGACAGGUACACGUCGUCUUUGGCGUUCCGUUAUAUUUGUAGCCGGGAAGAAAUCUGAAUUCCGUGACGAUACCAAAUCAGAUUUGGCCACGGAUCUUUCUUUUUUCGUUACCGUUACUUAAACACUACAAGAUCGAGCAUUAUAGUUUGUGGUUCCGAAGAACGUGAACACGAAGUUCAUCGACAAAGGGAAUUACCGUUCUGCUCACAGUCCGGGACCAACAGAGGCUAGGCGUAUAAUUAAGGAACAAAAUAAUCACCCCUGCCAGAUAUUCUACCAAACUAAAGGCGCAUACACACAAACACAGGAUGGUUGAACGUAGUGUUCUAAAUGGCCGAUUAGUGCUACUGGGCACAAUUGGGCUGAUACUGGUUCUGCUUCCGCACACGAUCGCGCUAAGGGAAGGCGACUGUGAGGUAUGUGUUAAUGCGGUAAACAUGUUCGUGGAAACACUCGACGAAUCGACGAAACAGGACACCAAACGGAUAGAGGACGAGUUCCGGGGCUUUUGUAAAAAGGCCAAAAACAAGGAACAGCGUUUCUGCUAUUACCUUGGAGGGAUGGAAGAUUCUGCCACCGGUAUUUUGGGUGAGCUAUCCAAACCAAUCAGUUGGUCGAUGCCGGCCGAAAAAAUCUGCGAGAAACUCAAGAAGAAGGACGCACAAAUCUGUGAUUUAAGAUACGACAAACAAAUCGACCUGAACAAUGUCGAUCUGAAGAAGCUAAAGGUACGCGAUCUCAAGAAGAUUCUUUCCGACUGGGAUGAGGAAUGUGACGGGUGCCUGGAAAAGACUGAUUUCAUCAAGCGCAUCGAGGAGCUGAAGCACAAGUUCGUGAAGACGGAACUGUAACAACCGUCACCGGCUGCUAUGGAUCUCGCAUUGCUCAUCGUUAGCCUGAUUGUCGUGUCUACUACUACCACUAGCUGUCUUGUCAUGCCAUCCCCAUCUGUAACCACCCGCCGCCUACUAAGGUACGAGCAUUAGCACCACCUGAAUGGUUAUUUAUUUAUGUGUUUUAAUCGCGAGAGCGUCUUAAGAAGUGAAACACCCGAGUGGAUGCAACCUCGUUGUCUACGGUGCUCCUUUAUUCGUGUACGUGGCAAAAAUAUGAAGAAAAUCAGAAAUAUUGUAGUAAUGGGGACGACAAAGAAGGUUAGCUGAUGAGCAAACGGUGCACACACCUGCAAGGCACCCUGCUUUUGGGCAACAACAAAGUCAAUGUGAAGAACAUAACACUUGUAGUUAACCCCACGUAAAAGACGGAAAAGUGUUACGAAAUUGAAAUGUAAAAGUUCGGAUUCGGAAAAAAAGAAAUAAACCGUUCAAAAUGA